GACUUCCUCUUUUCGUCCGAGAAACACGAUUUCCCAAAAUGCUGUGCGUGACGUACGCCGGAAAGACGUCACAUGACUGCCGAUUUAAAGAUGUGUCCUUCAGAACGUUGAGGAAGGGGCAGAGAAGAAACAUGGAUAACCGCUUUGCCACAGCCUUGGUGAUAGGCAGCGUACUGUCCCUUUUGUCUGUGAUCUACCUAUCCACCGCAGUGGGGACGGUGUCGUGGUACCACUACUUCACCCCUUCCGUCCUUUCAAACUUAAGCGAGGCUGCUGCAGCCGACUUCCUCAGUGAAACUGAUGAGAAAGUCUAUACCGAUGCUCUCUUUCGUUGCAAUGGCAGCCUAGGUCUUUGGCAAAUGUGCAUCCGUGUCCCCCAACACAAUUUGGAGCAGCAGCAUGAAAGCCCAUCUGUUUCGAAGUGCAUUUUACUGUCGUUUUCGGAUCAGUUUUUGGACAAAUAUCAAGAUCCUGGAAAUCAUAACACUGAGACCGAUUUAGUGCGCACAUAUCUCUGGCGCUGUCAGUUUUUGCUUCCAUUGGUUGCCCUCGGACUUAUAUUUUUUGGUGCGGUAGUGGGUUUGGCUGGGUGUGUGUGUCGGAGUUUGUACCCUGCGCUAGGGACUGGAGCCCUUCACCUAUUAGCAGGCGUUUGCACUCUGGGCUCAGUUCUGUGUUUCUCCAGCGGGGUACAGAUGUUACAAGAGAGACUGCCUCUUCCCCAUGGUGUACGGGGAGAGUAUGGCUGGUCAUUUUGCUUGGCUUGUGUCUCUUCACCCUUGCAGGUCAUGGCUGGUGCUCUCUUUUUGUGGGCAGCUCGGGCCAGUCGUCGAGAAUACACUCUAAUGAAGGCUUACCGUGUAGCAUGAGUGGUGGGUACGCAUUGUGUGGGGAUCAAUCGGCCAUCUAUGCGAAACAUGCACUUAUAAACAAAUGCACAUGUAGAUUUUCUGGUGUUGAUAUGUGGGUGUAUGGUGCUCCCCACAGAAUUUAACAUUUUUAUCAGUUUAUAUUCCCUUUGGAAAGGGGCACACAUCAUAUAAUUAUAAUUCCCCCAAUUGCAAACAUCCUCUAGGGGCUUAGUGAAUAGAGGGCUUCUCCCCCUCCCACCUGUCUCUACUGAAAGCGUGGUGGGGGGUGUUGCACAUGCUCAGUAGCUCUCACUGAAGUUGAUGGAGCAAGAAGUUCACAUAUUGAUGCUUCCACGUUUCAGUAGAUGUUGCCAGCUGGUUUCAUUUUCCAAGUCUAUUUUGCCUACAGUAAAAUGCAUUGGAGCCCAUGAAAACUGGACAUGUGUUAAAAAUACAAUCUUGAGGAUGAGUGUUCCUUUUAAAAACCAAACCUGUAGUAUUUUACAACCACUUUUUAACACUAAUAAAAUCACUAUAGUUCACCUAAUGUGCAAGACCUAAAUUCUAUAGGAUAAGGGGUUUUAAUACAGGCUACGUUUUGGGUGUGUGUAUCAAGUAUAUGUAAUAGGAGCAACCUUCCCUUUUUGUACAGUAUGUGUUAUUUUGGAACUAUUUUUUAACAUGAACAGUUGUAUUGUAUCUGUUUAUAGACAAUAAAGAGUCAAUAAAGAGUCAGUCACCCAAACAUAAGC